AAUGAACGAAUGAAUGAAUUGAACAAACAGAGGAAUGUAGGAUCUAUCGUGCAUGCAUCACGUACUCACUCAUCGGGUCUGGUGGCCACGAUCUUUGGUGUCACUGGAUUCACAGGUCGUUACAUCGUGCAGCUGUUGACAAAGUCAGGUAUUCAGGUGGUCGUGCCAUACCGUGGCGAGGACUACUCCUUCCGUGACCUAAAGGUGUUGGGUGAGCUCGGACAGAUCAUCCCAGUGCGCUACGACAUUCGUGACACUGACUCUAUCGAGCGUGCCAUCUCUCACUCCAACAUCGUCAUCAACUUGGCUGGACGCAACUAUGAGACUCGCAACUUCUCAUUCGAGGACAUCAACGUUGAUGCUGCUACCAGAAUCGCAAAGUUGAGCAAGAAUAUUGGUAUUGAGAAAUACGUACAUGUCUCUGCUUUGAAUGCAUCGGAGGACUCUGCUUCAGGCUUUUCGCGCACCAAGGCCAUCGGAGAGAAGGCUGUCAAGGAGAUAAUCCCCAACUGUACAGUAGUUAGACCAGGUUUGAUGUUUGGAGAUGAAGACAGACUGAUCAACAAGUGGUCCAGAGUGGCCUAUUGGUCACCAUUCAUCCCAAGAUACAAUGAGGACUUGCAAUUCCAGCCACUCCACUGUGUCGACUUUGCCAAUGCUAUUAUGGCAAUUCUUGAGCUCCAGACAUCAGCCGGAAAGACAUACGAGCUUGGUGGAGAUGAGAUAUUCACAUGGGGACAAUUCAUCGACUACAUCGUCGAGGCCACUGUACAGUCCAAUAAGAAGAACAUCCCAGUGUCAAUGGACGUCAUGCGUAUUGCCGCCAAGGUGCUGCAACACUCUCGUGAUCCACUGUUCAUGCCAGACGAACUGGAAUACCAAAACCAGAACCUCAUCGUCAACGCCGGUGCUCUGACCCUAAAGGACCUCAAGGUGAAGCCAACGCCCAUCCAGGAGAAGUUGAUUAGACUUUCCAGAAUGUUCAGACCUUCCCAAUACUUCAAUGCUAUUUCCAACCCACAGUUGAAGAAUCACAACAGCAACGUCACCAAG